CCGGCUCCCCUCGUUCUGCAGUUCCUAGGAACCUCCUUCUGCUCCCAGCCUCGAGCUCCAGUCCCCUGUUCCUCCUGACAUCUGAGAGUCUCUGCUGCAGCUUAUCCUGGGCUAACUGUUUAUCCUGUAUAGCCUGGCAACUGGCCGCAUGCUCCGGAUUACCGCAGGACACCCAUUUCAAAACAUACUUUACUUUCUACUGUGACUAUUCGAAUUUCUUAACUGGAGGAAAAAGUUUUUGGGUUUGUCAAGGGAAAGAAAGAGAAGCAUCUUGGAUAUGUGCUUGUGAUCUUUUUCUUUUUGGCUGAUUUAGUAACUUUACCCUUUUUCACUUGCCCUUCUCACCUUUCCUGGAGGGCCGUGUGUGUUUGCACGCGAUGGAUCACACACUGUUCGGCUGUCUGCGGAGCCCCCACGCCCCGGCGCAGGCCCUGCAUCCCGCCUUUACCCAGUCUCCCCUGACUCUGCACGGACGCUCGGACCACGUCUCCUACCCUGACCUGGCCUCUUCAUCCUCCUCCUCCUCCACCUCCUCACCAGCGCCCUGUAUCAUCUCCAGCUACCCAGCCGAUGACAGCCUGUUUCCCGGGCAGCACCACCACCACCCCCACCGCGGCCACCUGCCCUCCCAGCAGCAUCAUCACCCGCCUCAGCACCAUGCAUCUUGGCAUAUUCCACAGAUGCCUUCACCCGCUGGUUCCACACGCCACAACCUUUGCCACCCGCACUCCCACUCAUCCCACGAUAGUGGGCCCACACCCCCAGACCUGGGCCACCCUGGUGGGCCCAGUAUGUGUGCCAGCACCCCCAGUCUGGGCAGUGGCAGUACCCCUACAGGGGCCUCCUGUGUGCCUGCAGACUUUGGCAGACAGACUCUGUCACCUGCUGAGGCCGAGAAGAGGAACAGCAAGAGGAAAAGUGACAGUUCAGAGUCCCAGGACGGGAAUUACAAGUCAGACGUGAGCAGCAAGCCCAGGAAGGAGAGGACAGCGUUCACCAAGGAGCAGAUCCGAGAGCUGGAGGCCGAGUUUGCCCACCACAACUACCUAACCAGACUAAGGCGCUACGAGAUCGCCGUCAAUCUCGACCUCACUGAGAGACAAGUGAAGGUGUGGUUCCAGAACAGGAGGAUGAAGUGGAAGAGAGUGAAGGGCGGCCAGCAGGGGGCAGCAGCUCGAGAGAAAGAACUAGUGAACGUGAAAAAGGGAACUUUGCUGCCGUCAGAGUUCUCUGGCAUCGCAGCGCUCCACCAUUCGACGGACUCCUUAGCCAACGAGGACAGUCACGACAGCGACCAGAGCUCCGAGCAUGCUCACUUAUGAUGCACACACACACACACCCCCAUCCCCCCCUCCGAGUACAGGCCCUGCCUCUGCCUCAGGACUGUCCUUAGAAGGACUGCUGUUUGCUGAUUCGUCAUCGUCAUACAACGAUGCUAAAUAAGUGUACAAAUGUACAGAGGAAUGACGUGUGUUAGAGAAUACAAUCAUCAUGCAGGCAAAAUGUAUAUUUCAAGAACUGAGCACAUAAAGCAAGAUGGUGAAAUAUUUCAAAAUACCAUUGGUUAAGAAUUUCCUUUAUAAAUGCCAAAAAAAAAGAAUAUCAUAAAUAUUGAAAUGUGAUGUUUUGGCUACAGAAAGUCACUGAAUAUUACAGUACAUUUUGGAAAUCAUAUUUAGUCAAACUGUUGUAAACAUUCCAUGUUGUGUGCCUUGGGAAAAGCAGGCUACGGCUUUGAUUUGCACUGUUGAACAUACAGUCUGCACCUCAAUAAGUUUCUACUGUAUAAAAUGUAAAUUACGAUGUAAUUGAGUUAUUGAUCAAAUCAAGUGCCAGGAGAUCAAAUUUGCCUAGCUAAUAUAAAUGAUCUGUAAAUAAUUCUCAGUAUUGUCUUACCUUAACAAUAAUUUUAUACCCACACUAUUCAGCUCAUGCAGUAAUAAACACUGACAGUUCUUUAGUCAACACUUUUCUGCCUGGUGAUGACAUUUUGUAAACAAAUCUGAAUCCUGAAAAAAGCAUUUUAUUAAAUCUUUUCGGGGACAGUUGCAAAUUGAAUAAAAUUUAACCAGUGGUAAAUGGAA